UCAGUUCCCUGAUUACUGACUGCAGAGAGGGAGAAAGUGGAGGAAGCAGCUGCUGGCGAGAGGGGCUCACAGGGCAGGGAGAUGAGUGAGGCCGGGUGACUGCUCCCCACAUACAGGACUUGGGACAUAACUGCUGAGAAUUACACGUUAGAGGACACAGAGAGAACUGCCAAAGGGAUCCCCGGCCCCCGGGAGAGGAUAUGAGAAAGUAGUAGACUUGGGAGCAGGACAGAUGCGGCCGUGGCAUAGACUGGACGUGGUUCCCCGGUGUACCCCAUAACCCCGGCCUCUCACAGAAUGCAUCUUCUGAUCCGACGCUCUUUUAGGAGUGCCUGGCGUGUGCAGCGAAGGGGGCGGGAAUGAAUAACGGAGAAGUCUUCACGCCGGGGGGUGACAGCGGGCCCUUCAUGAUGCGGGGCCACAAGCAGCGCUGCAUGUCGGCUGUGGAGCCGCACACUCCUAGCGACGUGGACCUGCAGGACGAGGAGCAGGACAGGUUUCUGGGGGUCCCGCUGAGGAGGUACUGCAACCUGCGCUCCUCCGUCCACGUCCGGGACUCUUUCCGCAGACACAGCUGGGAGCCGGGCAAGAGACUCCAAGAGGAAGAGUCCAACUAUGACCAGCUGAGCCUCAGCCUGAAAGGCCUGGACCCUGAGGAGAUAGAGGAGAGUAUGGGGUACAGGAGAGACCCGCGUCGGACCCCCAUUAUCCGCAGCACCGAUGAGUUGGAGAAUUUGCUGUCACAUCGAGGGGAGGACCUGGAGGUGACACAAGAGGAGCACGCCAAGAGACUCCAGGCUUACCUCUCCUCCCAGAACUACCUGUAUAACCCACUGUCCAAGUCCGUCUCCAUGACCGGCAUCGACCACUGCUACCCUGAUGAUGCGUCUCUCUACUCGAACGGAAGACACCUGAGCAACGGGUUGAGCGCUGUGAGCUGUGGCGAGAUCGAUACGCUGGAAACGGAUGAGAAGGAGAACAGGAACAGAGAGGAGACCCCGUUCGAGAGGACCCUGAGCUUCAUCAAGAAGAUGGCCGGGGGGAAGAGUAAGAAUAAAGAGAAGGAGAAGAUGAAGGAACGAGAGAAGGAUGGCAAAGAUAAGGACACCCGGUACACCAACGGGCACCUGUUCACCACCAUCACCGUGUCUGGCACAACUAUGUGUUUCAUGUGUAGCAAGAGCAUCACCGCUAAGGAGGCGCUAAUCUGUCCCACCUGCAGUGUUACCAUACACAACCGUUGCAAGGACGCCCUGCCCAGCUGCACUAAGGUGAAGCAGAAGCAACAGAAAGCCGCUUUUCUGAAGAAUAGUUCUGCGCUACAGAAUGUGUCCUUGCGGAAUAAAACCACUACAUUGAGGGAAAGACCCAACUCUGCAAUCUACCCUUCCGACAGCCUCCGGCAUUCACUGCUGGGCUCCCGCCGGGGGCGGCCAUCUUUGUCUCUCUCCAAAAGUGUCUCCACAACAAACAUUGCAGGUAAUUUGAACGAUGAAAGUCCACUGGGAAUACGCAGGAUCUUAUCUCAGUCCACGGACUCGCUCAACAUGAGGAACAGAACACUAUCCGUGGAGUCACUUAUCGAUGAAGGUGCUGAAGUCAUCUAUAGCCAACUGAUGAGCGAUUUUGCUACGGAUGAGAAGGAGUUUGAGGCAGAUUCAUGGAGCUUGGCGGUGGACAAUAACUAUCUACAACAGCACAAGAAGGAUGUGAUGAAACGGCAGGAUGUUAUAUAUGAGCUAAUCCAGACAGAGGUCCACCACGUUCGCACACUGAAGAUCAUGACGAACAUGUUCCGGAAGGGGAUGAUCGAGGACCUUCAGAUGGACCCUGCUCUGGUCCAGAAGAUGUUCCCGUGCGUGGAUGAGCUCAGUGACAUUCAUAUCCGCUUCCUCAUCCAGCUCCUGGAGAGGCGCAAGGACUCGCUGGCUGGUGACAGCAACAAGAACUUUGUCAUUAACAAGUUGGGUGAUAUCCUCAUCAACCAGUUUUCAGGGACCAACGCAGAACACAUGAAGAAAACCUACACAGAGUUCUGCAGCCAGCACCAGAAGGCGGUGAAACUCUACAAGGAGCUGUUCUCCCGAGACAAGAAGUUCCAGCAGCUGAUACGAAAAAUGACUCGCUCUCAGCUGCUCCGGAGGCAUGGCGUGCCGGAGUGUAUUCUACUUGUCACCCAGAGGAUUACAAAGUACCCAGUCCUCAUCGACCGGAUACUGCAGAACUCCAAAGGUGAUGAGGAGGAGUAUCAAGAUCUGGCCGCCUCUCUGACACUUGUGAAGGAACUCAUCUCAACCAUCGACCAGGAAGUCUACAACUACGAGAAGAACCUACGCCUGCAGGAGGUAUACCAUCGGGUGGACAGCAAAUCCGCUGCCAUGGUGCAGGGAGAUUAUUGCUUCGGCAAGGAAGAGUUGCUGCGACGGAAGCUAAUUCAUGAAGGUUCCCUCUUGUGGAAGACCGCCGCCGGCCGUUUCAAAGAUGUCAUCAUGCUGCUAAUGACGGACGUCCUCGUUCUGCUUCAAGAAAAGGACCAAAAAUAUUGCUUCCCAAACCUGGACAAAUCUGCUGUGAUCUCCUUGCCAAACCUCAUUGUGCGUGACAUCGCCAACCAGGAGAAAGGAAUGUUCUUAAUCAGCGCCAAGCCUCCUGAGAUGUACGAGGUCCAUGCUGCCUCUCGGGAAGAGAGGAACACUUGGAUGAAGAUUAUUUCACAGUCUGUACGGGUAUGUCCCAAACGAGAAGAAUUCCCAUUGAUAGAGACUGAAGUGGAGGCCAAACUGAGGAAAUUAAAAGAGGUCAUACAGCAACGAGAUAGAGAAGUGGCUGAGAUCUUGGAAGAGAAGGUGACCCUCUUCACCAAGGUGCUUCACCUGCAGGCCGGGGAAGACAUCCCAGUGACGGGCAACACUCGCAAGCUCUUCCGAACAGAGUCCACAGACAGCUAUCGGGGCGAGAAGCUCAUCAAUGAGGCCAUCAGAGAAGUGGAAGCCUUAAAAGAUGCGGUUCUUGCGAUAGGAUCCGAGCAACCGCUGACGAAGGGCCAGCACCAUACUCAUCCUGCACAUGGCGACUCUGGCAGUGUCAAUGGAUCCCUAGACUCUGGCAAGGACGAGGAUCCGAGUCAAAAGGACCGGAAUGGAAACCAGCUGCAGAACAAGAGCCCACAAGAGGAGGCCCUGCAGAGAAUUACCAGUAUAUACAGCUUAUUACAUGGGCUGCAGGCUGUGGUUGCACAACAGGACAGUCUUCUGAGUCUCCAGAUCCCAGAGAGCAACGAAAAGAAGGAGGGCCUCUGCCGCACAAACUCCCGUGACCUGUCUGUGGCUGAGCCCUUGUCCAAGAGCAUAGAAAAGAGCGGGACGGAGCUGACCCUGCUGCAGCGCCAGCACACCCUGUUGCAGGAGGAGUUACGUCGCUGUCGCCGGCAGUGUGAGGAGCGAGCGCAGGAGUCUGGGACGCUAGAGGCCAAACUGAGGGAAAGUGAGCAGGUUAGGAGCCAGCUGGAGCGAGAGCUGGAAGAAGGGAAGAGACAGGUGGCCCUCCUGCAGCGGGAACAUGGCAGUUGUGCGGUAGAGACUAGCAGGAAUCUCCGGGGACUGGACCCCAGAAGACGUAGCCUGCCGGCUGGAGAUGCCCUGUACCAAACCUUUACUCCUCCCCAGAUAAACCAUGACCAACGCUCGCCCACCGUCACUGACAGCUCCAUACCCAUCAUCACAUUCCAGGAAGAUACCGAACUCAAAGACGACUUCAGCGACCUCACCGAACUGGAGAGACUGCCAGAGACUGCCGACACAGAAUCUUCUGAAGAAGAGGGCGGGGGUCCACCAGCUUCACCAUCAAGCACGCGGGAGUUCCAGAGAAUGCAGGACAUUCCGGAGGAGGCCGAGAGCAUGCACGAGCUGAGAGACGUGGGGACGGGCUCUUCGGAUAGUUGAGGAAGGCCGCGCUGCGUUACAGCAUGACUCCCGCUGCGAGCGCAGGAUGGACGCGCUGCUCCUGGCCUGGAACCCCAGGGAGCAGUGAGAUACAAGUGACUGUACGCGGAAGAGAGAAACCGGCUCAAUUCCGCUUCUUAUUUGUCAUACCGUGUCACGGCUUCUGAUAUAGCUGCAUGCGACUGUUAGCUGGAGGCACCAUAUACACUGCUGGGAUGUGUGGGAAGGGCGAUUAUCAAGACCCUUAUUCGUAAACACAGCGUUAGAAAUGUACGAAUCUGAUCCGUGGACAGCGUUUGUGAAUCGGUCUAGGCUGGCAAAUUUGCGUUGACACUAAUUGUUGGAAGCUGCAGUGGUUGGACUGCCCCCUGGUGGUCAUUGACCGUUGCUGUAUUUGAUAACACAGUUUUGUUACUAGGGAAUGCUAAAACUGUGACAGGGUAUGCUGGGAUGUGUAGUUACACAGCAGCUGGAGGGCCGCAUGUAGAACAACCCUGCUUUUAAGAACCUGGAGAUUCACAUGCGCCAGGUUGGUCGCGUCACACGCUGGCCUCCUCAUCGUAGGAUCACAUUUUUUUUCCUGUUCACACCAGGGGGCGAUCCAACCGCUUUGUCCUUUGGUAUUAAGUUUGUGUUUAUCGUCUCUCAUUGGCUUCAGCCAAAUGCCCCCUUUUUUAUUUGAUGGUCGUGGUUCUACAAAUGGCGCUAGACAUUCGGAAAUACAGCGUCUAGGUUUUCCCAUUCAAAGUAACGUUGGCAACGCAGUUUUUGUGAAUAAGGCUCUAACCAGUGUCAUUAGAAAGGUCUUGCAGUGCGGUCUGCUGUACUGAUCUCCAGUUAUAGAUCUUUUUGUUGUCCCUGGAAAAAGAAUGGGGACAGACUGAGAUGUAAUCUGCAAGUUUCUGCUAAGGUGGUGGUUCUCUAGCUGCUGUGGCACUGCAAGUACCAGCAUGUCAUAUCCUUGAAGCUGGCACUGUCACUUGUGGAGGGCAUGGUGGAACUUGUAGUACACCAGCAGCUGGAGAUAAUAGCUGUUUUAAAUUACAAACUUCAAUUUAUGCAUUUUUGGCACCACCUUGUGGCCAAACAAUAAUAUUGCAGGCCACGCAGAACUAACUGGAAUUUACUUAAUGUAUAUACUUUAUUUUUCAACAGUUUCACUUGUACAAUGUACAUAUAGAAUUGCAAAAAGCUUUCUUAUGACUUGAAGUCAUUUUUGCAUGAUGGUUGCACUUUAAAACAUCUGGUCUUAUACCAAAGUAUCAACGUUAAAAUGGAAAGAUGAAGCGAUCUCCUGAACCACUACCUUAAUUUACCAAACGAUGAGAGGAUGGGUCAAAGCCUGCAAUGAGGAACACAUUGCUUAAAUACUAAUCGGACGUUCUUAAUUUUACAAAGCACAAAUGAUGAUAAUUUAUUCAAAUUUUAUUUUUAUUUUUUUUAACCAAAAUCCAAUUAAUAUUUUUUAAUGAACUGAAGGGACUUUAGCAAAAAUAGAUCGAGCUUCCAGCUGUCUAAUCCCAACAUCCAUGAACGGGCGUGUAUUUCUGCCACAGAUUUCUGUAAGACGGGUAUUCCCUCCGCCUGCCUAGAUGUCCUUAUUGUUUUUUUAUUAUUAUUUAUUUUAAUGCAAUCACUGUUUUUAAGUUAUUGUUUCAAACAUCCGCACAGGAGCGAGAAGGAGCUUUGCCCCAUCUUGGUCACACACAACAGACGGCCGAUCUCCGCCAUGCCACGGGACGGUUGGAUCGUUUAAGAAUGCUUUGAGCAGGAAGCCAGGCGCCACGUGCCAUUAAUUUAAGAAGCGUGUCACCAAAUCUUGUGUAGCGACCCCAGCGAGAAUCCAUUUCUCCCAAGUACUCUCCGGUCACAAAAUCUCUUUUUGUUGUGGCCCUUUCCAGCAGCCUUUGGGUGCCUAUGAAUCUGGUAGUAUCAUUACUGGUUUCUGUUUACUUCAGCAGAAUGGGGAAAAAAUAUCUGAGUUACAAUGCCCACGAGGGACGUUUCAGGCCGUCGUGGGGCAAACACGCUAACCACGGGGGGCCAAUGCUCAGUAACAGGCGCAUCAUGUGUGUUAAACCCUGCAAAGCUGCUUCAUACUAACGGGAAACCUAAUAUUCCACACAUUCCCCCCUACCCGAAUACUAUUUAUAUUUUGUACGGACCGAUCUCAUGUAAAUAGUUUUAUUUGAUUAUCGUGGCUAUAUUUUUAUUUCAGAAAAUGAAAAAAAAAAAAUGCAUUUGCUUAUUUUAUGCUUCCAAAUCUUCAUUUUUUUUUUAUCUGUAGAAAUCUUUGCGCUUUCGUUUUAUUUUAUAACGAGAUCUCCAUGAAGCAGAGGAUCUCUAGGUGGAUUAUGUCCGAUUUUAAAGAAGAAAACAAAAUUAACGAUCGGCAUAGAAUCCCGUGCACUCUGUAGGUACCGUCUGCCCCUGAGUGCUAGCCAUUGGGUAUCGUUUAAAUCAAGACCAAUCAAUGGAACAAAUAUUGCCAAAAGGAACCGGUUUAUAACCAGCGGCAGCUGCUGAAUUUUUAAAGAAAGUUAAAAAAAAAAAAAAUUGGGGAAAAAAAGUAACACAGAUAUGUGUAGGUGUGUAUAUAUAUAAAUAAUAGUUUUGUAAAUAGCCUGACUUAAUAAUGUAUGAAAUUCAAGUCAUGUUUUGUUCUGAUAGAAAUACACAACGACAACAACAAAAAAAUUGGAAAAAAAGGAUAUUUUUUGCUUUGAUGGUCAAUAAAAUUGUAUUCAUACUGAA